AUGGCCGUGUCCUACCCGCUUCUUGCGGCAUCAGCCGUUGGAGUUGCCACUCACUUGCUAUACUUCAAGAAGGGAGAACAUCACGUCGCUCCCCAGCGUUAUGUCAUUGCUCUUGCAACCAGCCUCAUCACCGGCGUGAUCCUAACCGGGUCUUCCAUCUUCAACGAGAAGCCAGGCGUCCAAGCGGGCUGGACAUCAGCCAUCAGCUCCUCGAUCCAGAUUCACACAUGCUUCCUCUUCGGCCUCUACUCAAGCCUCAUCACGUACCGCCUCUUCUUCCACCCGCUAAACAAAUUCCCCGGCCCCCUGGGCGCUCGCAUCUCGACCUUUUGGCUGACGUACCGCGUUCGCGGCCUUGAUGCCUGGCGACAAGUCGCCGCCCUUCACGAGCAGUAUGGCCCAUUUGUCCGCAUCGCCCCCAGCGAGCUCUCCAUACGCAACCCAAGGGCCGUGGCGGCCCUCCACGGCCCGGCAUCAAGGUGCGAAAAGGGACCCAUCUACGACGUGACCAAGCCCAUGACGUCUCUGCACAUGUUUCGCGAUCGGGCUAUCCAUAAUGACCUCCGUCGAGUCUGGAGCCAGGCGUUUAGCGAUCGGGCGCUCAGGGGGUAUAACCAGCGGAUGAGUGCGUACCGCAGCGUCCUGCUUGGUCGGAUCCAUGCUGCCAAGGGCGAGUCGAUGGACAUGGCAAAGUGGUUCCGCUUCUAUGGCUUCGAUGUCAUGGGCGAUCUCGCCUUUGGGAAGUCAUUCAACAUGCUCGAGACGUCUCGGAACCAUUGGGCGAUCGACUUGUUGGAUGCGGGGAUAUUGCCGCUGGCGCUGCAGUUGCCGGUUUGGCUGCUGAGGUUCGGGAUGAACAUGCCCGUGAUAUCGAGAGACUGGUGGACGUUUAUUGGAUUCUGUCGAGACAGGCUGCAGAGUCGGAUGAGGUCAGAGCCGGAUGUGCCUGACAUCAUGUCGACUUUGCUGGGGCCACUCAAGGGGAGGGACGUGACUCAAGAAGAGUUUGAUCUGCUGAUUGGAGAUGCCCAGCUGGUCAUUGCAGCAGGAAGCCAUACCACGGCCGCAAGCAUGGCUUCCAUCGUGUACGAAUUGGCAAAGCAUCCGGAACACAUCGACAAGCUGCGCAACGAGCUUGCGCCUUUAGUCCGUGAUUCAAAUCUUGACCCCUCGCCAGACGAGUUGGCGCAUCUCGAGCAUCUCAACGCUGUCAUCAACGAGACGCUGCGGCUUCACCCUCCAGUGCCGACAACGAUAUGGCGUGUCACGCCUCCUGGUGGUGUCAUGAUUGGAGAUGUCCACGUUCCUGGAGGCAUGAAUGUGACGUGCCCACAGUAUGCAGUCGGCAGGAGCGAAGCCGUGUAUUCAAAAGCAGACUCGUUCGCUCCGGAACGCUGGUACCAGUUCCCGGAGAUGAUCAAGGACAAGGAUGCGUUUGCUCCCUUUUCGAUGGGCCCGUUUGGCUGCAUUGGAAAGCGGCUGGCACUGAUGGACAUUCGUCAGGUGAUUUCAAGGCUGGUUUGGGCCUUUGAUGUUGCAUUUGCUCCCGGGGAAGAUGGAACGUCAUUCGAAGGGGAUGCCCUCGAUGCUUUCAUGGUGACCUAUGGAGCGCUGAGACUGACGUGCAAGGCCAGGGAAGGUGUCUAG